GACAGUGUCCUUGCGCUCCUGCCCUGCUCAGGUGAAAAGAUGGCGUUUGUGAAGAGUGGAUGGUUGCUGCGACAGAGUUCCAUUUUGAAGCGUUGGAAGAAGAAUUGGUUUGACCUGUGGUCAGAUGGUCACCUGAUCUAUUAUGAUGACCAAACUCGGCAGAGUGUAGAGGAUAAGGUCCACAUGCCAGUGGACUGCAUCAACAUCCGCACGGGACAUGAAUGUCGGGACAUUCAGCCUCCAGAUGGGAAGCCAAAAGACUGUGUGCUGCAGAUUUUUUGCCUAGAUGGGAAAACCAUCAGUCUUUGUGCAGAAAGCACAGAUGAUUGUUUGCUUAUGCUGCACCAACCCCUGAGCAGGCAUAUGGCUGUGGUCCAUACAGUGGUGCAUACCUGCCAGGAACUCAAGUUGUCUAUGCUGCAAAUGGGCAGGCUUAUGCUGUACCCUACCAGUACCCAUAUGCAGGACUUUAUGGACAACAGCCUGCCAACCAAGUCAUCAUUCGUGAGCGGUAUCGAGACAACAACAGUGACCUGGCGCAGGGCAUGCUGGCUGGAGCAGCCACAGGCAUGGCCUUAGGGUUUCUGUUUUGGGUCUUUUAGAGUCCUUGGAACCUGGAUGUGCAUAGCUUCUGAUCCCCUGUGUGCAAUAAUAUAAUUUGCAGGGCAUUUCUCUUUGUUAAAAAUGUUUUUAAUAAUAGUUUUAAUAGUUCUUUUGAAAGUAGUGACAUCAUACCUGUAACUAAUCCACAUAAGCACCACAGAGAAGGCUUUGGACUGCUGUUUAGCUAAAAUGUGGACUAUUUGGGGGCACUGGCUCAUUCUAGGAGUUUCCUUAUGGAACUCUCAGGAUACCUUAUUUGAACACACCUGUUUUGAAGGGCCAUUUUCUUUUUAGAGUUAGGCCUUAGUGCUUAAGGGAUAAUUUAUUUUAGUGUUAUACUAGUAACGGGGUGAUAUAUGAGUGAGUGAGUGAGUGUGGCAAGAAUAAUUACAGCUUUUUUGGCUUAAUGUCAGACUUUGAAACCUCAGACCAGAACUGGCUGCAUGUUACUUCAGGAGUU